AGAUUCUUCUAUCCAUAGUGUUUGUCACAGUGAAAUGGUAGUAUCUCUUUGCCAAUUCUACUGAGGAGAGGACCGCCGGUGGAACGUGUUGUUUGGCAACACGAAAAUUUAUGCCAUUAGUUUUGUCCAUAAAAAGCGAAAACCGUAAACAGAAAACAGAAAACCGAACCGAAACCGGGCCGAAACGGAGAAAGACAUCAUAUUGAAUUUAUGGUAUAGGUGCAGCGUGGAUGUCGCUGUCCCCCCACUCGGCAUUGGGGACUGUGCGGAUAUAUAUCGUAUUGUGUCGUAUCGAGGGGCCCGUGCCGGUGCCCGUUGUCAGGGUGUGACACGACACAGUUUUGGGCUGCGUCGGCGCCGACUUGCACGUGGCAGUGCCGUCUACCUUUCGCCGUUGCCUUUGCCUUUGCCUUUGCCGUGGCCUUUGCUUUUGCCUUCUCAAUCGCCAUCUCCUUGCUUGUGUGCUCGUGUCCUUUGGUUGUUGUCUUACCUUGUUACAAUUACCGUUAUCGCUUGCUCUCUGCUCUCCCUCCCAGUGUGGGGUGGGGCGAGUGUGAUUGCCUUUGUCCACCUCGAAACGAAUGAACGAUUCCGACCCGGUCGCCGUGCGGGUGCUCCGUGCAGCAGUAGGGCUCUGAAGGUUCCAGGCUGCUCGUGUCGUGGGAAUACUGCGGAUGAUAAUUGAAUUUUCUUUGCGGCUGCUUUUGUGAAAAUCUCCUAAUUGGAAAUUUGUUAUUUGAAUUCGAUGAACUGUGAAAACGAAACAAAAACUUCAAAUUGAAAUUGCCGCAGCACAAAGGCUAUGGAAAAUUGAAAAUGUCCUCCAACUUCUGUCAUUCCAUCAAAGUGCCAUCAAAGUGAAAUGUAAAAAUCUUUAGAAACACCAAAGGACCUACAAUUGCAAAAUGGAGAACAUAACGAUAUCAUUAUCGAAUAUCACGAACGGCAGUGCCGGGAGUGUCACCCCGGCGCCCUUCUUCUCCGAGGAGGAUCGGAAAUCCAUCGAGGACACUGUCCGCUGGCUGGUGCCGUUCUUCUUUGGGAUCAUCGCCGUGACAGGUUUCUUUGGAAAUCUGCUGGUCAUCAUGGUGGUGGUGGUCAACAAGAACAUGCGCUCGACCACCAAUCUACUGAUCCUAAAUCUGGCCGUAUCGGAUCUCCUCUUCGUGAUCAUCUGCAUCCCGUUCACGGCCACCGAUUACAUCACCCAGCGUUGGCCGUUUGGCAACUUCUGGUGCCGCACCACCCAGUAUCUGAUUGUGGUGACGGCCUUCGCCUCGAUCUACACGCUGGUCCUGAUGUCCAUCGAUCGCUUCCUGGCCGUCGUGCAUCCCAUACGCUCCCGGAUGCUGCGCACGGAGCACAUUACCAUGAUAGCCAUCUUUACCCUUUGGACUGUGGUGCUGACCAUCUCCAUGCCGGUCACCUUUGCCCACGAUGUGAUGGUUCACUACGAUAACACUUCCAACAUCACCUAUGCCCUGUGCCGGUUUAAGGAUAACGAUCUGCUUGAUGCCAGCACCUUCCAGCUGAGCUUCUUCAUCAGCACGUAUCUGCUGCCCCUGAUGAUCAUCAGUGGACUGUAUGUGCGCAUGAUCACGCGUCUCUGGCGACAGGGCAGCGGCGUGCGCAUGUCCAAGGAGUCGCAGCGAGGCCGCAAGCGGGUCACCCGGCUCGUCGUGGUGGUGGUCAUAGCCUUUGCCUCGCUCUGGCUGCCUGUGCAACUCAUAUUGCUGCUCAAGGCAUUGGAUGUCUAUGAGGCCGAUAGCCUGCUCUCCAUCAUCAUCCAGAUUUGUGCUCAGACAUUGGCGUACAGCAGCUCCUGCAUCAAUCCGUUGCUCUACGCCUUUCUCUCAGAGAAUUUCCGCAAGGCCUUCUACAAGGCCAUUAACUGUUCGCCCCGAUAUCAGAACUACACAUCUGAUUUGCCGCCGCCUCGCAAGACGUCCUGUGGCAGGACCUCCACUACGGGAAUGUAAGCGACACCGAGGAAAGCAGUAUCCUGCGAUAUGAUUGACCGACGGCUGACAAUUGAGUGAGGCCAGUGGAAUCGGCUUCUUGAUGAAGUCGAUUGUCGAUCUGGACACAUGUGCCCUUAAUUAGCGACCAAGGGACCAAAGCUAUCAUCGGGCACAGAAUGAUGAGCGCUCUUUGAUUGGCUAGAGUUAAGUCCAUUCUUGUACAUAGCACCGUAGCUUAGUAGAUUGUAUUCGUGUCCUAGAAGGAUAUUAUACUUAUGGCACAGGAAUAUUCGGUGCACAAAUAUAUUAUAUUAUAUGUAUCUCCCCCGUAUAUAAUCCUCGAUGCAGCUAUAUGUGUAAGGAAAUAUGUUAGUCAUUUAACAACCCCAAUCGCGUGUUAAUUUAUUGCAUUUAAG